AUGAAAAUAAACAUAUUGUUCUGGAGCGAGAACAGAACUUCGAAAUGCAGAGAGUGGAUGAACAAAACGGUGAAAUUGAAGCCAGAUUAUGGAGACGCUUGGGCGAAUUUCUACAAAUUCGAGAAGCUCCAUGGAACGGAAGAUCAACAGGAGGAUGUUAAAAAAAGAUGCAUUGCGGCCGAACCGAAAUAUGGAGAAAAUUGGUGCAAAGUGUCGAAAAAUAUUGCUAAUUGGUGUCUCAGCACUGAACAGAUUUUGGCUCUGGUUGCAAAAGAUUUACCAAUUCCGAUCUAAAUUCACUUUGCUUUGAGUUUUAAUGUUAAGACUGUAUAUAUUAUAAAUAUAUAUAAGAAUAAAAUGUA